GGUGGUCUGGUCAGCCACAGCACUGUAAGCCGUGUGGUAGUGGGUCUCAACAUAACAUACCUCACCACAAUCUGGAGGCACCCGCAUUUUGGAUCAGCUGCUAUAGUGAUAAACGUGCAAGAUGGUGUAUCAGCCGUCCUUGUGAUUGUGCUUGCUCAUAUCUCAGAUACAUCCGUGGGUCAUUUUAAGAUGAUUGUCUUCACAAAUUAAUAUUGCAUAUUUUCUUGGACUAGUUCUAUUGGCAGCGGUUUCUGCUGGGUUUAUGAGUCGAAUGCAAUCCAUAGCCAAACUCUCAAACCAUCUUAUCAAACCCACAAACCACGCCUUCUGUUGGUGCCUCAAAAGCUACAACUCAUGGGCUGCAGCCAUACGCAGCUCUUCUUCCCCACAUAAAGCUCUGCAUAUCUAUUCUCAAAUGCACCGGCAGUCUGUACCUUUCGACAGCUUCUCCAUUCUCUUUACUCUAAAAUCAUGUACCCAAUUGCAUCAUAACCACGCAACCAUUCAACACCUCCAUUCCCAUAUCGUUAAACUCGGGUUUGAUUCUCACGUAUACGUGGCCACUGCCCUUCUCCACGCUUACGUUGUGGUCUCGUUUGUGGAUGCAUGUAAACUGUUCGACGAAAUGCCUGAGAAGAGCACAGUCACCUGGAACACAAUGAUUUCUGGGUAUUCGAGGACCGGGAAUGUAGAGAGAGCAACACUGGUGUUUGAGGAAAUGCCGGUGAGAGAUGUUUCAUCAUGGUGUGCAAUGAUCGCAGCCUAUGUGAACAAUGGCAAACAUGAGCUUGGGUUAUCACUGUUUCGGGAUAUGGUAAUGGCUGAAGAAGGUGUGAAACCUGACCAAGUGACUGCAGUAGUGGUUUUAUCUGGCUGUGCUCACUUGGGCUCUGUUGGGUUGUUGGUGGGGAAGUCAGUUCAUGGGUUUAUGCUCAAGAAUCGGUGGGAGAUGAAUGCGGAGCUCGGUACAGUUUUGAUCAGCAUGUAUGCGAAAUGUGGGUUUUUAAAGGGAGCAGAACAGGUUUUUGAGUUGAUGCAAGAGAAGAAUGUGAUGGCUUGGACUGCAUUGAUUUGUGGAUCAGCACAACAUGGCUACAGCAAAGAAGCAUUGUGUUUGUUUGAGACAAUGCAAAAGGCCGGUGUAAGACCUAAUGAACUGACUUUUACAGGAGUUCUUAGUGCUUGUGUGAACACGGGACUAGUUGAUGAGGGUCGAAAAUAUUUCAAUCUGAUUGAAGAAAGUGGCUUGGAGCUUAGGAUUCAGCAUUAUGGAUGCAUGGUCGAUUUGUAUGGCAAGGUGGGGCUGUUAGAGGAAGCGUAUGAUUUUAUUAAGAACAUGAAACUUGAACCCAAUAUUGCUGUCUGGGGAGCUUUUUUGUCGGCUUGUAAGGAGCAUAAGCAGUUUGAGAUGGCCGAAAGAGUAGUUGAGCUGGUCAUGAAGAUGGUGAAACCAGAAAAUGAUAGUGGGGUUUACUCUCUUAUUGCCGAUUUGUAUGUUUUGGGUGGGAAGUGGGAUGAUGCUGAAAGAGUGAGGAGUCUGAUGGCGAACCACAAGGUGAGGAAGAUCAGGGGCUCUAGUUUUAUUCAAGUGGAUGGUAGAGAAAACCAAUUUUAUAUGCCGCUCCCAACUUAUAAAGCUUAUCUGAAUGAUUUAUCCUAGGCGAGAAAUGAUAUUGAGGCACCUCAGUGGCAGCAGGCCGGUAGCUUUAUCGAGAUUAGAAGCAUAUUGUGCAAAGGCUCUAAUUCUGCAAAUUGCAUAAGGCUGUUUACAAAAAGGAACAACACAUCUAUCAGAAUUACAACCUUAGUUGCUUCAAUUGUUAUAAGGUUUCGUUUUAAGUAGUUUUACAGAUUGUAAGGUGAAGACUAACAAGAAAGAGGUGGAAGAGGUAUUGUCUUCUGACAUGGAUCACAUCAAAGCUGUAUCGAGUGCAAACCAAUGGUUUCUCUCCUCAAUGUAUAAUAGGAUUCAUCAUAGUGGCCGUCCUGUUUCACCCUACCUUCUCCCAUAUCUCUACUACUAUAAAGUCAGGCCCUCUUUUGGUGUCAAAGGCUUCACCAAUUUUUGGAAGUCCCCCUAUUACCAUGGUGAAACAACAAUUGACUCAGAUGAAAAUAUCUACAAGAAUUAGUAUAGUAAAGUACAACAAAAAAAAUAAAGAAAAAAGAAUAAGGGGAAACGUUGGAGAAAAUCAAACUGCAGUACGGGAGCCACGUUCAGAAGCGGUUCGGCUUCAACUGACGCAAUCACAUUCAUUUCAUACAAAUAGCCAAUAAUGAAGACAGAAAGAGAAGUUGGCUGAUCGAACAAGAAAACGAAGAGACCAGGAAUUAGUACCAUUCUUCAUGGUGGUAUGGGGGAUAAGAUGCAUAUGUGAAUUAUUCUAUAUGAGCACAAGAACGAAUAUAUGCUGCUAUAUACUUGAUUGGUAAUGUACGGAGAACCCCUUAGAUGAGGAUGGCUGAAGCAUUAGCAGAUUCAAGGGUGAAUUACUAUCUGCCACAGAAUAGGCCUUGAACAUCAAGUCUGUGCAUUUGAAGAAUCAUUUGGCUUUUAAAGUCCACAAGCUCUAUGGAGUAUGGAAAGAUAUAAGCUUAUUCAAAUGAACAGCAGAGGUGUUGUUACCCUUUCAUCUUUUUUAAUUGGUUCUUUGGGUAUACUCUAUCUUUCAUUAAUGCAAGUUCCUCCAAAAAGGUUUGAACUUAGUUUUACAUCUCUUUUUCAAAUGUAUAGCGUUGGCUAAUGUGUUGUUAGGAUGUUAUUAACUUUGUUUCAACAGAUUUGAAAUAGAUGAAUGCAGAGUGUAGGAAGUGGAGUGAGUGAGGAACAGGUCCAAACUCCAAAUGAAAGUAAAGGGACUGGAGGGGGGAAGGGGACAUUAUACUGCAAUGGAAGAGGGCUGAAUGACAUAAGAAGAAGAAGAAAAGAAGUACUUUUCUGGUGAUAUGUAAAGAUAAGUAAUGGCAGUCAUCUUCAUUAUUGGAGCACGAGCUAUAUUAUAUUUGUUUGAUUGUUGUUCUUUACUUUUUAUUUUGGCUGUUUAUGAGGCAUAUAAAAGAGAGCAAUGAGGUUCAAACGGUUCCUUUUUAUGGGGAUGUUUGCCUUUCACAAUUUCAGUAAAAAAAGGGGAAGAGAUAGAUCAGAGAACAAACACAAGACUUGUGCUAUGGAGAGGCAAUGAAUCUCUUAAUUUGGUUGAAUGGUAUUGUACUUACUGUUAGCUGGUGAGUUUUGUUUCUGUCACUAGUUCUGCAAAUUUCAGUUUUUUUUUUUUGUUGUUGUUGUGUACGUGUGUGUCAUCUUUAUUUAUCUCUACUAUUGGUUCUGAGGUACUCAAAGGGUGAAUUACUAUCUGCCACAGAAUAGGCCUUGAAGAUCAAGUCUGUGCAUUUGAAGAAUCAUUUGGCUUUCAAAGUCCACAAGCUCUAUGGAGUAUGGAAAGAUAUAAUUUGGUUUAAUUACAAAGGCUGUUUAUUACAAUUGGAGAUUUUGUAAUGCAUACUGCAACUUCAAAGUUUUGAUUUGUUCUCUUUGAUGUAGUUGACAAUGGUUGAUGAUUAGUUUUCCCGACUUUAUGGGAAAUCAAGUUUCAUGUGCCCAUGUGAAUUCGGUGCCUAUAAUAAUGCCUUUUCUACUAAAGCAUGAUAAAAGUUUUUAA